CCCAGAAACAGGAACUGGGAGGAGUGGUCCUGGGCUGGCUGCCUGCGGAUUGUGCUGGCUGGCUUGGUGCGCAACAGGCGGCAACUACCUGCUUCACGCACCUGGGCGCUGCGCGGCUGCGGAACUCGCUUCUUUUAUCUCCUUCCCGGCUGCGGUGGGAAAAAGGGAAACUAGCCAGAACCCUCGGCUGGGCGCAGCAUCCGAAGCUGACGCGUCACAAGAGAUCCACUUGCAAGCAGGAUCAUCCGCCCAGCCUGAAUAAUUCACGCUCGCCUUUCCAGCGCCAGACAAUGCCCGCCGUCGACAGGCUUCGCCUGGAAGAGGCUUUGCAGGAUAGCCCGCAGACACGUUCUUUGCUGAGUGUGUUUGAAGAAGAUGCGGGGACACUCACAGAAUACACCAACCAGUUGCUUCAAGCAAUGCAGCGAGUUUAUGGGGCUCAGAAUGAAAUGUGCCUGGCAACCCAGCAGCUCUCCAAGCAGCUUCUUGCAUACGAGAAACAGAACUUUGCCCUGGGUAAAGGAGAUGAAGAAGUGAUAUCCACCCUUCAGUACUUUUCAAAAGUUGUGGAUGAGCUUAACAUUCUGCACACCGAACUGGCCAAGCAGCUCGCAGACACCAUGGUUCUCCCCAUCAUCCAGUUCCGUGAAAAAGACCUUACAGAAGUAAGCACUUUGAAGGAUCUCUUCAGCCUUGCCAGCAACGAACACGACGUCUCCAUGGCAAAGUACAGCAGGCUACCCAAAAAGAGAGAGAAUGAAAAGCUAAAGGCGGAAGUUGCCAAAGAGGUAGCCAGUGCCCGGAGGAAGCAGCAUCUCUCGUCGCUGCAGUAUUACUGUGCCCUCAAUGCUUUGCAGUACCGCAAGAGAAUCGCCAUGCUGGAGCCCAUGCUGGGAUAUACGCGCUCCCAGAUUAAGUUUUUUAAGAAGGGAGCCGAGAUGUUCACCAAAAAAAUGGACAGCUUUCUAUCUUCAGUCUCAAGCAUGGUUGAAAGCGUACAGGGAGAAUUGGACACUGAGGCAGAAGCUAUGCGGGUAUCUCAGCAAGAUCUGCUUUCAGUUGGCGAAUCAGUGUACACGCCUGACUUCGAUGCAGCGUCGCCUCUCAUCAACAGAAACUUGAUUCAGAAGGCUGGCUACCUUAACCUUAGAAACAAAACAGGCUUGGUGACUACAACUUGGGACAGGCUGUACUUCUUCACUCAAGGUGGGAACCUGAUGUGCCAGCCCAGGGGAGCCGUCGCCGGGGGACUGAUCCAGGAUCUGGACAACUGCUCUGUGAUGGCAGUUGACUGCGAAGACCGACGUUACUGCUUUCAGAUCACCACUCCUACAGGGAAACCAGGGAUAACCCUUCAGGCAGAAAGCAAGAAAGAAUAUGAGGAGUGGAUAUGUGCAAUCAACAACAUCUCUCGGCAGAUCUAUCUUACUGACAAUCCUGAAGCCGUUGCCAUCAGGCUGAAUCAGACAGCACUGCAAGCCGUGACGCCAAUCACGAGCUUUGGGAAGAAGCAGGAAAACCAAUCCCCCAGCCAGGAUGUGAAGAAUGUGGAGAUGCAGAAUGACUGGGCAGCCCCAAACGAGACAGCCAGCAUUCCAGAACCCACUGAGUUAAUUGCACCCGGAACACCAAUUCAGUUUGACAUUGUUCUUCCCGCAACGGAGUUCCUGGAUCAGAACAGAGGUGGCAGGCGCACAAACCCAUUUGGAGAGUCAGAAGAUGGCAAGAAAGAGGAUGAGGCAGAUUCGCUCUUGCAGCAGAUGUUUGUAGUCCGCUUUCUAGGAUCGAUGGCGGUCAAAUCCGACCACACGGUUGAGGUGAUCUACGAAGCAAUGAGGCAGGUGCUGGCGGCUCGGGCCAUCCACAACAUUUUCCGUACAACGGAAUCCCACCUCUUGGUCACCAGCAACGACCUGAAAUUAAUAGAUCCGCAAACCCAAGUUACGAGGAUAAGUUUUGAACUUGCCAGUGUGACACAAUUUGCUGCUCAUCAAGAAAACAAGAGACUGAUUGGGUUUGUGGUUCCCAUCUCCGAGUCCCCAGGCGAAGAGUCCAUGAGUGCUUACGUAUUUGAGAGUAACACCGAAGGCGAAAAGAUUUGUUAUGCGAUAAACCUCGGGAAAGAAAUCAUUGAAGCUCGCAAGGAUCCGGAAGCACUAGCUCAGUUAAUGUCAUCUGUGCCACUAACCAAUGAUGGGAAGUUCGUGCUCUUGAAUGAGCAGUCAGAAGAGGACAACACAGUACAGGGAGAUGGGCAGGAGGAGUCAGAAGCAUAAGCUGUAUUUUUU